GGUCAUUAUGGCAGGCAUGGCUGACCGUGAUAAGAAGAUUGUGAUUGAAUUUUGUCAUUUGUUAGAGAAAUCAAAACAGCUAUUUAAUGGCCUUAGGUUUGGUGAGAGGAGUCGUUUGCAUGGACUAUCUGGCGGGAUGAAAAGUUAAUUUUAUUUCAUUCAACCCACAUUUAAGUGUCUUAUUUUCAAGUUGACGAAAAUAUGAUAUGGGACUUGCCCCAGUACGGGCACAAGCAGUGGCAGGCAUAUUUUGGAAGAACCUUUGACAUUUAUACAAAACUAUGGAAAUUUCAGCAGCAGCACAGACAAGUUUUGGACACAAAAUAUGGAUUGAAGAGGUGGCAGAUUGGAGAAAUUGCAUCUAAAAUCGGACAACUGUAUUACCAUUACUACCUUCGUACCAGUGAAACCAACUAUCUGAAUGAAGCAUAUUCAUUCUAUGCUGCAAUUCGAGGGAGAGCGUAUUACUCUAGAGCAUCCAAGGAAGACAGGUCAGAUCUGAUGGUGAAGAAGCUACGAUACUACGCAAGGUUCAUUGUUGUAUGCUUGUUGCUGAAGAAAAUGAAACUUGUUAGAGAUCUAGUUAUGGAAUUAGAUAAACAAAUAGUGGAUUAUACAAGCACAUAUGAACCUGACGAUCAGUUAGAAUGGUCACUUGUCCUUGAAGAGAUCAAAUCCUUCAUUAAGGCUGAUGGAAUAGUCAGUGUCCUUCAUGCAGACUCCAAUACAAUAGUCCUGUCACACAGGCUCAGCCCACUGACAACACCUCCAGUAGAGAAAUCUCCUAUGAUGAACUUGACGUUACAAGAAAUAUUGAUAAUAGGCAGUUGCAAUGAUCAGGUAAAAUUUAGUGAAUUGACAAUGGACAUGUUCCGAAUGCUCCAAACUCUUGAGAGAGAGCCACAGGAUGAUUUCAACCACAUCUAUGAUGCUUCACCUGCACCAGGUCGAGUGCCUUUGGCGUUGACUCCUGGUUGUUUGCAGGACAAGGGUUAUUCCUUAUCAGGAGGGGCUAAGGGAAUGUACCCACUUGUGUCAUCAUGUCAGGAGAAUGGAGAUCGCCCCAUCAGGAGGGAGAACCCACACAAGUACCUGCUGUACAAGCCGACUUUCAGUCAAAUUAUGGUGUUCUUAGCAUCAGGGUUUAAGGAACUGCCUCCCAGUGGAGCAUUAAUGAUGUACAUUUCUGCAGAUGGAUGUUUCUCAACCAUGAAACAUCCUGAAUACAUGGGCUAUGACCUGGGUGGUGUUUUGACGAGCAGUAAAAAGGAAUUGGACCAUCCAAACAAGAAGGCAAUCCAGCUGAAGGAAAUGCAUUGUCUGUAUCCUGGAGAUCUGUACCCUUUCACCCGGAAGCCAUUUUUCAUUAUAGUGGAUUCGGACAAUAGUUUUGUAUUUCAGCAUGUCCCACGCUAUUUUGGACAGCCCUUGGUGAUUCUCAUGUCUCCUCAAGAUAUUCCUCCAGCCUUCCAAGACCAGCAGCAUAAUGGCAGUCUGUUCACACUGUUCCUACACAGUCCACUCACAGCAUUCUGCUUCAUCUGCAAUAUCCUUAAUAUCCCCAUUCAUUUGUGGGAGCGAUGUCAGUCCUUUAUCGACAAAUUUGUUACUGAGGCCAGCAGACUGUUCACGCGGUGCAGGAUAGAUGCAUCUUAUCUUCAGUUUUUUGGAGACGACUUUCUAAGGCUUCUGCUCUUGCGAUAUGUGUUUUGUGAUGUGGUCCUCCACCUCCAUCGAUCCUUCAAGGGUCGCCAUUUCCGCCCACGAUGCCAACCCCCUCUUCCUGAUGGGGACCUGCUGGACCACCCAGCCUUGCAACAUUUGGUGUUAGACUUAGCAUCACACCUUGAUGUGCGUGAUCACUUCAUGGAUACCAAUGAGAUGGACUGAUCGCCGGCUGCUGGCAGUCGUUCAGCUGCUACCAUUUGGAACAGUAUCAUGUCUCUCACUGAGCCGAGCUCUGUUGAUAGCCAUGUAAGUGAUGAUAAUAUUAUUUUCUCUAAUGUCACAUUAUCAGGGAGUUAUGAAUUACCUAUAGGGGUGAUAGUUUUCCUUUCACAAUACCGUGGCACUUUCAAAAUACAAACGAAGACAAGUUCUGGAGAAUUUGAAUCUCAUGACACUAGGAAUAUCCAUCACAGAAGUGCUUUGAAUACAGCAACCUCAAGUCUCGACAGUUCUGAAUCACAUGGUACAGUUGGAAUCACUGAGAUGCCAUCCAGCUGUUUUGGAUACUGUAAUUUUUUCACGUUGAGGACCAGCCGACUGGCUUGUACCAUUCUUGUGCCGAUACUUCUUGGAGUAGCUCAACUUCUUCUGAAUGAAGAUGACCACCACCACCAAGAAGUGUGUCAAUUCCUAGUCAGUUAACAUAACCAGAGCAUGCAGACACAGAAGAUGCUGGAGUUCUUCUCAGCAUAUGUUCACUCAAUUCAUGAGCAUAAGUUACUUUGUCCAUACUAUUCAGAAUCAUAUACUAAUCAGUGUUAAACAAUUGUAACUUGUUACUGGUCCUGCAGAACAACCUAGAUGGUUCAUUUCUUGUUUCUAAUAAUAGCAUUGGAGCAAAAGGAGGAUAUUUUGAUCCAUCAGGGGUGAUCAACAAAAAAUAUUCUUUACAGAAUAUUAGAAGUAUAUAUGUAAGAAAAAGAUUUGAUAUCAGAAGGUACAUAAAACAGUUGCCUGAAUUGAACCAGUUUAUAGCUUUAAAAUCAUUACAAUAUAAAUUAAGAUUAAUUUUAAUGGAGAAAUGUGUACGAUGGCAUUUGCUUUACAUGCUGCAUGGGGAAGGCUUAGGCGCAACGUGACCAGUGUUGUUAAGUAGAAGUUCUGCUAGAUGCUUCGCAUAGGUGACAGCUUGCAACAUAAUUGUUAAGUUAUCGAUUCCAAAAACCACUGCCAACUCAAGAGAGGUGGGAUCGUUCACAGGCUGUGAGGCAAAGGGGCCCAUAAAAUACGUAUUGCCAACACAAACACCAGCUUGGAUUUGGUAAGAUGCAGGAAGACAGAAUACCUGUCAUAGCAGUUCCAUCUAGGGGCAAAAUAAAAAGAAACAGUAUUCUUGAUUUUUGUGGGAACAAAUCUGUGACCCUGUGUGUGAUUUUUUGUGAUAUUCAUCUUCCAUGUUGGACUAUUUAAUUUCAUUGGUCAGCCACUAUGAGCAGUUUAGACCAUGUUGUCUCUGUUAUUGCACUUCAGGGAAAAGAGAACAAACCAUCAAUACAUGUACAUAACAUUAGGUGAAUCUGUAUAUAGAGUCUCAACUUCAUAUGGCAGUAUGAAUCUUUGCUUUAUAAAAUGUUACAAGAUGAAUGAUUAACAUUUUCACAAUCAUAUCAAAUCUACACUAUAUACUAUUACAUGUAUGAACCACAGUCACCAUUACCAUGUAAUGUUACGUUCCAGUACCUUAGUUUCACCUUGUGAUAUGAAACUGUGUUAGCACUUGACAGCAGCACCAAUAUAUGUGCUGAUUUAUUUUUAUGCUUGUCUAUUUCAUAUUUAAUUUUUAUAAAAACCAUAACUUUAGUGCUGUAUUACUGAUCAGUAUUAUUCUAGUCAUCACAUAAAUGAUACAGUAAUCUCUUUAGUAAACUAGUCACAUUAUGUUUACACCAUUCUUAGGGUGGUAUGAGAAGAAACAAGGCAUGUUUCUGUCUCGUCACUAAAUGAAAGAAUACUUUAUAUUUACCUUAUUUUUUCAUAAUUAUUGUAAGUUUAAUAAUGUAUUGGAGAGAUCCUAGUUAAUUCUCAUUUUAAUAUUCCUUGAAAGUAAUUUAAAUGUAGUGUCGGAAAUGGUUAGAAACAGAAACAUGACCUAAGGUACCUAUUAUGAGGUUUAAGAUGGAAACACUGUAAACAUUUAACAACACUGUACUAUCAACCAAAUGAUCAGUGUGUUGUUUUAUCAAAUCACAGCCAAGAACAAUGCAUGUCCAUAUUUGAGUGUUCUGUUGAUGGCUGUAAAUAAUUUCUUCUUGUUCAUUUUAUACUUCAGAAUAGGAGUUUAAACUUUACAGUAACACAUAACAUUAUUUUUUAUUUAAUGAAUGCAAGAACUGGUUAUAUUUUAUAAUUUUGUUAUUGUUAGUGAAGUAAUUAGAUUUGUUAUUUUAUGUCUUUCCAAUCACAGAAUUGCUUUGUUUGCAACAAAAAAUGUACAAAAUAUUGACUAUUGUGCAGAAAGCGUAGCUUAUUACUCACAAAAGUUAAAAGAGUAUGAGAUAUUAAAUUAAUAUCACAAUACAAUAAACUAUACUGUGACGUUAUUGUUACCACUGCCUGCCUGUA